UUUCUUUAAUGAUUUAAUCACACUUCACGUUUAGCCUUGGGAAUAACUUUAAGUUAGAUUUCAAAAUCAAUGUUUAGAUUCUGUAGGAGCUAAUGGUUCAUUGACUUUUCAGCACUGGAACUCUGACAUGACACCUUUUUUUCCUGCAGUAUUACUUUUAAAAAAUAUGAUUUCUCCUAUAAAUACCAGUUAGUAUUGUCUUGGUCGUCGUCUCCUCUCCUAACUAAGCAACCAUGGCUAGGAUCUCUGCUGCCGAGAUGUUGUUGCUGUUUUCUCUACUUCUGGGUCAUGGAUUUGUGGAGCUUCAAGCUUCACACCAUGUUUACAACAGACUUCAGACCCUUGAAUCUUCCACUCUUUCCUCUUCUUCAAAUCAACCUUACAGAACUUCUUUCCAUUUUCAGCCUCCAAAAAAUUGGAUGAAUGAUCCCAAUGGACCAAUGGUGUACAAGGGAAUAUAUCACCUCUUUUACCAAUGGAACCCAAAUGGAGCAGUGUGGGGCAACAUUGUUUGGGCUCACUCUACAUCAGCUGAUCUUGUGAACUGGAUCCCCCAUGAUCCUGCCAUCUUCCCAACUCAACCGGCUGAUGUCAACGGCUGUUGGUCUGGUUCCACCACCAUCCUUCCUGGACAAAAACCAGCCAUUCUCUACACCGGAAUUGACCCCGAAAACAUGCAAGUCCAAAAUCUAGCAGUACCCAAGAACCUCUCCGACCCCUUUCUGAGAGAAUGGGUCAAGUCACCCAAGAACCCCCUGAUGGCACCCAACGCCAUGAACCAGAUCAACUCGAGCUCAUUUAGGGACCCAACCACAGCCUGGCUCGGCCCAGAUAGAAAAUGGCGGGUCAUUAUUGGCAGCAAAAUAAACCGCCGAGGAUUAGCAAUUCUCUACACCAGCAAAGAUUUUGUUCGUUGGAUAAAAUCACCGCAACCUUUACAUUUCGCCGACAACACCGGAAUGUGGGAGUGCCCGGACUUCUUCCCUGUCUCCAUUAAAAACAGCAACGGGAUCGGCACGUCGUUGGUGAUACGAGACGGCGUUAAACACGUUCUGAAAGCGAGCUUAGACGACACCAAACACGAAUAUUACACCAUAGGAAGAUAUGAUCAAGUGAAGGACAUAUAUAUCCCGGAUAAGGUCGUGGAGGGAGAUUCGGGUUUAAGGUACGAUUAUGGCAUUUAUGCGUCGAAGACAUUUUUCGACAGUAUUAAAGGACGGAGAAUCUUAUGGGGCUGGAUAAACGAAUCGUCAAGCGAGGCCGAUGAUAUUAAGAAGGGAUGGUCUGGAGUUCAGGCGGUUCCCAGAAAGAUUUGGCUGGAAAAGUCGGGGAAGCAGUUGAUUCAAUGGCCAAUAGCAGAAAUUGAAGCACUGCGUUACAAAAGAGUAAGUAUAGCGAAAAAAGUGGUGAAAGGAGGAUCAGUAAUUGAAGUUGGUGGUGUAAAAUCUGUACAGGCGGAUGUAGAGGUUUCAUUUGAGGUUAGUGGGUUGGAGAAUGCGGAGGAGAUGGAGGGAAGGUGGAGGAACCCACAGGAGUUAUGUAAGGAGAAAGGUGCAUCAGUGAGAGGUGGGUUGGGUCCGUUUGGGUUGCUGGUUCUUGCUUCGAAGGGAUUGGAAGAAUACACAGCAGUGUUCUUCAGAAUUUUCAAAACGCAUCACAAAUACGUCGUUUUGAUGUGCAGCGAUCAAAGCAGGUCUUCCUUAAAUGAAGGUAAUGAUAAAACCAGCUAUGGAGCUUUUGUUAAUGUCGACCCACUUGGUCAAAAAUUGACGCUCAGGACUUUGAUUGAUCACUCCAUAGUGGAGAGCUUUGGUGGGAAAGGCAAGGCUUGCAUAACAUCCCGGGUCUAUCCAACUUUGACGAUCGACGACAACGCUGCUCGUCUCUAUGCUUUCAACAAUGGAACUCAAAGUGUGAGUAUUGCCCAGUUGAAUGCUUGGAGCAUGAAGAAAGCUCGUAUCAAUUGACACAUUUAUAUAUUUUUGAACCUACAAAGUUCACCCACUCACACUUGUAACCUUAUCACAUACAUGCUCGUUGAUUCCACUACUAAUAAAUGGGUGAUUCAUUCUCUUUUCACA